AACUGUAUUGCCAGUUCAUAUAAAUCACUGCCCCUUCUGCUGACCACCUGGACCUGUCACAGUAACCAUGUUGAUGGUCAUAGGUGCCUCAUCCCUGACACCAUUGCAGGUCAGGUUGCUUGGGGCUCUGAGCAACCUGCUCUAGUUGCAGAUGUCCCUGCUGACUGCAGGGGCUUGGACAAAGCGCCCUUCAAAGGUUCCUCCCAAUGUGAAGCAUUUCAUGAUUCUGAUGCUCUAAGCCUCUGCCGGUGGGCGCUCUGCCCCGGCUGGCUGCAGCCCCUGGCUAAUAAAUGCCGGCCAAGCCCCUUCUCCCCCGUGGCUGAGGCUGUCCCCGCGCGUGAUGGAGGCUGGGGUCGGUGUGUGGCAGGUACCGGUGACCUUCGAGGACGUCGCCGUCUACCUGAGCCGUGCCGAGUGGGAGGCCAUCAGCGAGGAGCAGCAGGAGCUGUACCGCAGCGUCAUGCUGGAUGUCUGCGAGCUCUUGAGAUCCCUGGGCAUCCAGGCAGAGCCCCCGCUGGGAACUGAGCAUGAGAUGUUUGGAGGUCACCAUCCUGGCUCCCGGCAGGAGGAGGUGUCCCAGCAGCCCACUGACCGUGAGUGGGGCUGGGGUGGGACACAGCCAGGUGGACCAAACGCUUGGCAGGCUGCCGGCGCAGGAGGGCUGUGUGCUGGCUGCCCCUGUCCGUGGCUGCUUGUGCCCUGCCGGUGCCUGCUGUAGCACUGUGCUGUCUGC